AUGGCUCAAACUCCCCAACAGCGAAGAGCAAAUGAGAGAUAUGCGAAACAUGAGGCUGCAAAACGAGGCAAAGGGCAGACCACAGCAAAACCAAAACAGAAUUCAAAGUCCCCAGUGUCCACUGGAUGGCUGGUCAUUCUUGCAUUUGUUGUCUGCGGGGGAAUUGCAUUCGAACUUCUGAGAGUUAUCCCAGCGAUAUGGUCAACUGCGACGACGAUGCUCGGUCGCUUCAUUGCCUAG